UCGUCGGAGAGUGGACGAGGCCCAGCUCCGAAACCUAAACACCUCAACGAAACAAACGAGUUAACCUAAGAUGUCAAAAAUAUGCUUACCUUCUAUUAGAAUUCCUCUACCUCUGUUCCUUCUCCUCAUCCUCUCCUUACCCUUCCUUGUAAUAUCACAGAACUCCAACUCAGAACUCUCCAUCUUACUGAAACUCAAGCAAUCCUGGGGAAAUCCCUCAUCACUCCAACACUGGAACUCUUCAAGCGACCCCUGCAGAUGGCCGGAAAUCUACUGCUCCGGCGGUUCAGUCACAGAACUCUACCUCAAGAGCACAGGCAUCGCCGAACAAAUUCCACCGUUCAUCUGCAACCUCAAGGAGCUGACCCUUAUCGACCUCUCCUACAACAACAUCCCUGGAGAAUUCCCAACCCUUCUCUACAACUGCUCCAAUCUCAACUACCUCGACCUCUCUCAAAACCUCUUCAUCGGUACAAUUCCUGCCGACAUCAAUAAGCUCUCCGGUGUCCAAUAUCUCAACCUCGGAGCCAACAAUUUCACUGGUAAUAUUCCGCCGGCGAUCGGGUUGUUAUCGAAUUUGCAGCAUCUGUUUCUCGAUUAUAAUCUCUUCAAUGGCUCUUUCCCACCGGAAAUCGGGAAUUUGGCGAACCUCGAAUCUCUUGUUAUGUCUGGCAAUCCGUUCACUGCGGCAAAAAUUCCAGUGGAGUUCAUGCAGUUGAAAAAGUUAAAGACGUUUUUAAUGGUGACAACCAAUUUGAUUGGAGAGAUUCCGGAGACAAUUGGUGAAUUGGCGGAGCUAGAAUUGUUGGAUCUAUCGAAUAACAACUUGAAUGGAACGAUCCCAAGUGGGUUGCUUCUAUUGAAGAAUUUAACUCAUUUGUAUCUUUAUUUUAACCAUUUGUCUGGUGAGAUACCGAGUACCAUCGAAACUGUAAAUUUGAGCUACAUAGAUAUCUCCGUCAACAGAUUGAUCGGAAGGAUACCGGAAGAUUUUGGAAAGUUGCAGAACUUGACGUAUUUUGAUAUGUAUGGAAACCAAUUGUCCGGUGAGAUUCCGGCGGGUUUAGGCCGAAUUGCGACGCUGCAAGAAAUCCGGCUCUUCUGGAACAACUUGACUGGUGUUCUUCCUCCUGAAUUAGGCCUUCAUUCAAAGCUUCAAACUCUUGAGGUGGACAACAACCGCCUUACUGGGAGCUUGCCGGAAAAUCUAUGUGCAGGUGGGGUUUUUAUCGGCGUUUCGGCUUAUUCAAAUAACUUCACCGGAGGAUUGCCAAAAUCGUUUGCGAAUUGCAGUACUUUGACGACGGUAAAGAUUUACAGGAAUAGGUUUUCCGGCAUGAUUCCGGGAUCUUUCUGGUCGUCGGAGAGUUUGUCGACUUUGAUGAUACAGGACAACUGGUUUUCUGGCGAGCUUCCGAGCGAGCUUGCGGGGAAUUUAUCGCGAUUGGAGAUAAGCAACAAUAGGUUCUCCGGCAGAAUUCCUUCAAAAAUCUCUGCUUCAAGGAAUCUUCAGGUCUUCACCGCAAGUAACAAUCUCUUUUCCGGAAAUAUUCCCUCAGGUUUAGCAGACUUACUUCAACUUAAUACUCUUUGUCUUGAUGGGAAUAAUCUUUCUGGUCCAAUUCCAUCUGGGAUAGUUUCUUGGAAGUAUCUGACCACAUUGAAUUUUAGUAGAAAUCAACUCUCUGGCCAAAUCCCAUCUCAGAUUGGGUUAUUGCCUGAUCUCAACAGUCUCGACUUAUCGCAAAAUGAAUUAUCCGGCGAUAUUCCGACUGAAAUUGGCCUCUUGAGGCUCACUUACCUCAACCUUUCUUCAAAUCAACUCACAGGAAAGAUCCCAUCUGCAUUUGAAAACCAGGCAUAUGAUGAAAGCUUCUUGAACAACCCAAGCCUCUGUGCUGAUAACCACAACCUAAACCUUCAGUCCUGCAAAUUGAUCUCCAAAGGUUCGAAAACUUUAUCGUCCCGAUUACUUGCCAUACUUCUAGGUCUCGCAGGGGUUAUGUUUAUUGUUAUUGUUCUAUCCACCCUGUUCUUGAUCAGAGACUUCAGGAGGAGAAAGCUAAGAAAUGAGCUUGCUACAUGGAAAGUCACCUCAUUUCAGAGGUUGGGCUUCACAGAAUCAGACAUCUUGUUCAAUUUGACUGAGAGUAAUCUAAUUGGCAGUGGUGGGUCGGGGAAAGUUUAUCGUGUUCCUCUCAAUCAUGCUGGCGAAGCUGUUGCUGUUAAGAAGAUAUGGAAUUGCAAAAUUUCAGAUCAGAAGCAUAAGGAAUUCGAAGCAGAGGUUCAGAUAUUGGGAACAAUUCGACAUUCCAGCAUAGUGAAGUUGUUGUGCUGUAUCUCAAAUGAGAACUCGAAGCUUCUUGUUUAUGAAUACUUGGAGAAUAGGAGCUUGGAUCGAUGGCUCCACAACAAGAACGGAGGAUCGAUACGGUCUGGUUCAGUCCAUCCUGCUGUUUUGGAUUGGCCUACUAGGUUGCAGAUUGCUGUUGGAUCCGCACAAGGGCUUUGUUACAUGCACCAUGAUUGCUCUCCGCCGAUAAUUCAUCGUGAUGUCAAGUCAAGCAACAUACUACUAGACUCUGAAUUCAAGGCAAGGAUCGCAGAUUUCGGGCUUGCCAAGCUGUUGCUUAAGCCAGGGGAGCCUAACACAAUGUCUGUUGCCGUCGCCGGUUCUUUUGGCUACAUUGCUCCAGAAUUUGGAUACACAACCAAAGUGAAUGAGAAGAUUGAUGUCUACAGCUUUGGAGUGGUGCUGCUGGAAUUGGCAACAGGAAGAGAAGCCAACGGUGGAGAUGAGCAUGGUUGUCUGGCUGAGUGGGCAUGGCGUCACUUCCAAGAUGGCAAAUCGAUCAUCGAUGCCCUUGAUGAGAGGAUUAAGGAACCUUGUAAUUUGGAUGAGAUGAGUGUGGUCUUCAAACUCGGCCUCAUCUGUACCGGUACAUUACCUUCUACUAGGCCUUCUAUGAAGGAUGUGCUACAAAUACUGGUACGAUGUGACCAUCUUAGCACCCAUGGAGAGAAGGCAAUCAAGAGUGAGCGCGACAUUGCUCCUCUUCUCGGCACUACUAAGUAUCUGUCAAGUUACAAGGGCAGUCGGAAUAAGAGAUCUUCUGAUGAUGGUGAUAUUGAUAGUUUGGGAUGUAAUGUGUGAAUGUGCGUGUUAUGGGAAGGGAUGGUUAUAAUCAAGGAGAGGCAUCACCCUUCCUAU